AUGCUUUCGUUAACUUAUGAUGAGCUUGUGACUAUAUGUAGAAAAGAGCUGUACCUUGUUUCAAAAGGUUCUAGUGAAUCUAUUGAUGGUUACGCUGAUAGGAUCACAAAUUUAGCUACAGCUGUAUAUUGGAAGUGUGGGGAGGAAAGCAUCAAACGUACAGCUAUAGACAUGUUCCUCAAAAGUGUGAUGGAAGAGGAAGACUACUAUACAGUUGUAGACAACGAAUUCGCCAAAUCAUUAGAGGAGGCGAUUGCAAUCGUUCAAGAGUAUAGGUUGUUGAGAGAAAGUGAACCAACUGGGACAGACAGAGAGAGCGAGAAAGACACCACAGGGGAACACGAAGAUGAGAUUGUUGAAGAAAAAGUGCGAAUGGAAGAUGAAUCUAUUCAGACACAGAACAACAUACAAAGUAUCGAGAGCGGUUACUUCUCCAACCCGACCCGUGCCCGGGUACUCGGGUGCCUGACAAUUCUAGCUUUGUUGUUGAUAAUCACAUUCAUUGCUUUCGAUGUUCGAGCCGACACGGAGAGGCUGAUAUCUUUUGGUGGACUGUGUCUACUGGUAUUCCUCAUCUUCAUCACAUCCAAAGCUCCCUCCAAGGUUCGCUGGACACCUGUGUUAUGGGGACUGAUACUACAGUUUACUUGGGGAGUCGUAAUACUGAGAUGGAAACCUGGAUACGAGAUAUGUAAAUUAGUUGGCGACGCUGUUGUUGGUUUCCUUACAUUCGCAGACGAAGGAUCAAAGUUUGUGUUCGACGCUGAAAACUAUACGAUGCACGUUAUUGUAUUUAAGCCUCAGAUCCUGCCGGUGGUGGUGUACUUCAGUUCCGUUGUAUCUAUACUGUACUACCUUGGGGUGAUGCAGGUCAUCAUUAAGGGUCUUGCCAAGUUAUUCCAGUACACAAUGAACACCACAGCUAUAGAGUCGUUCGCCGCCGCAGCUCAUAUCUUUAUUGGACAGUUGGAGUCUUCGAUAGCCUUGAAGCCGUUCUUUCGUGAUCUUACGCUGUCCGAGCUCCAUUGUGUGAUGACGACAGGGUUUGCUACUGUGGCUGGAACAGUCAUCGCCGCCUACAUAGAGUUUGGGGUGCCGGCGGAACACGUGAUUUCCGCUUCUUUCAUGUCUGCCCCAGCCGCUAUCGCUGUGGCCAAGCUAGGAUGGCCGGAGACCAAAGUGACCAGGGUCAAGCAAAAAAAUAUUGUUCUCACUGAAGUUGGUCAGGAGAUGAAUGUGAUGGAAGCAGCUUCAGUAGGAGCUGUGACGGCCAUUAAACUGGUUUCUUACGUCGUCGCCAAUCUCAUCGCCUUCAUCUCCAUCCUGGCCUUCAUUAACUACUGCUUCUCCUUCAUGGGAGCACGUGUGGGUCACCCGGAGUUCACCUUCGAGUUCUUCUGUUCCUACACCUUCAUGCCUCUGGCCUUUGUGAUGGGAGUCCGCUGGCAGGACUGUGGUAAGGUAGCAAAGCUCAUCGGCAAGAAACUGUUCAUCAACGAGUUCCUGUCCUUCGCCGACCUUGGAACGAUGAUCAAGAACAAAGAAUUGGAUAACCGUUCUGCAGUGAUAGCUACCUACAUUCUGUGCGGGUUCGGCAGUAUAGUCGCCAUGGGAAUCAACCUUGGUGCAUUAACUGCCGCCGAUCCCAGCAGACGACAGGACUACGCAAAAGGCAUGCUCAGGGCCAUGAUUAGUGGGAACGUCGCGUGCUUCAUGACCGCAUGCGUAGCAGGAAUGUUGUAUCAGGAGUCAAAUGUCCAGAGCGGUACUAACGUAACUACUGGAAAUGGAACGACUAUGGCUUUGAACUUCAGUAACAUAGAUAACUCCUCCUACCUGUUCACGUGACCGACCACGUGACAUACUAAUGAGAUAAGUUGAUAUAACCUGGUAAUCAGUCGACUAAGAGGACAAGUCUUUGAUAUGUUUAAGGCCAUUUCAUAUGUCCUCGCUUAGCUCCGAUUUUCUCGUAGGGCAAAAAAAGGUAUCUUAUUCAUGAGUUAUCCAUGAACCAAAUACAGUAAUCUGAUUGGUUCCGUAGAAAAUGGCUACAGGAAAUCUGACUAAUCAAAAACCAUCGUUAAAUAUGUUCUUUGAUUAGUUAGACAAGAUGGCAGAUAACAAAGAAUGUCGACACAUGGCUGCGGUCAUCUUUGUAUACCGUUUCUAUUGUCUGGACGAGCUUCAUCAAUAACACUCAGUUUGAUUGAUCGAUAAACAUGUGAUAAUCAUGAACAACAGAAGUUUACAAGCCAGUGUUCCCACGGAUCAAACGAGUGAAACGAAGAGAAGACUCCGCCGGGACCGACGAUGGCUUAUACUAUGGCUGUCUACUGUAUAGACAAAUUCGGAGUCUGCAAGACCAGAUAGCACUCCCACGUGACCUUGACGCAUCACAGUAGUGGGCCUCUAAAUGGCGUAUGCGAUUCAACGCGAAAAGAGUCAAGUAAUGAGAGUGAGCAGUAGGAAAAAGUCCACACGAACAUUUUUAUAAAUUCGUGUUCAAGUUCUUCAUUUCUUUGAGCGAAUUAGCUCAUCAGUUUAGACUACAGACAUAUUAUUAUAUAUAAUUCACAUCCUCAUAUAUACAUAUAUAGAUUAUAUACAGGUUCAGCCAUGGAACGGCUGAUUUAUUUAUUCGUUACAUCAUAAUUUCAUGUAUUUAUAAUUAUGUUAUUACAUAUUAAAAAGUGUGUGUACACAUGGACACAUUUCAUUGAGGUAAUAAUUCUAACAUUUUUAUAAAUUAGACAACCAUAUUUUACAGUUUCUGGAAGUCCCUACUUGGGCCUCACCUUUAUCGGUAAUUUGAAGUUUUAUACCAUUAUUAGUCGAGCAAACCCAACUCUUGGAUUUCUCCGCCGCAACUUAAAACACUGUCCAGCGACAUUUAAGAAAACUGCUUAUAUGACACAGGUUAGAUCAAUGACACCCUUUGGUGUUCCGCUAACAAAAGGGUUAUAGAAAGAAAUGAAAUUCCUUGGUGGCAAUCCCUCGACGACUUUGUAACUCUUAACAGUAAUAGAACCAGACAAAACAUUCAAAAACAUACAAACUUAUCACCACAAUUUGUGAGAUCUACAAAAACAGCUGCUUUUCAAAAACAGUAAAAGACUGGAACAAUUAAAGUGAUAUUUGCGUUUUGGCCAAGGAUAUUGAGCUUUCAAAACUAUUAAUAGACUUAAUUACCUCCUCAUGCCGUGGCCAUUUAUCUUCAACAUUGAAGGCGUCCAUGUACCAUAAAAAUACAGACACUUCAGCAGUGCCCAUGGUAUGAUGUGGUGCGAUAGUAAAUGGUGUAGUAUGAUGUUAGAUGAUGUGGUAUAUUAUAUAAUGUGUUAUGAUAUUAUAUAAUGUGGUAUGAUAUUAUAUGAUGUGGUAUGAUAUUAUACGAUAUGGUACGAUACUAUACAAAUAUUGCAUUUUGUGGAGGUGUACACGACACUAUACGGACCUGGUCAAGAGUGUGUUCAUCGAGGCCGCAGGCCGAAGUGAAAAGAACUCUUGACCAGGUCCGUAUAGUCCCGUGUACACCGAUCACAAAAGGCAAUAACUGUUUUGUAAUAUGGCCAGCUAAAAGGAAUGAAAAAAAAAAUCCAAGGCUCAAUCCAGUCCAAAUCCUGUUCACUCAUUUUUUCAAAGUCGGCAUGCAGACUGACCUUUUGAACUUAAAUAUGACCGGAAUAGUGUUGUUAAACCUGAAGUAUUUUUCCCGAUGUUCAACAAGUCUUUUUUCUUCAAAAUAUCUUGUAAUUCCUCUUCGUUUAAUGUAGCGAAACGUUGUUGGGGGUAUUUCGUCUGCAAUAUUGAAAACAAAAGUGAUGCCGAACAAUAGUUUGUUUCCAGCAUUCGGAUUGGCUGUUGUCCAAAAAAACGCGUUGCGUGAGUGGAUGCAAAGAUUGCCGACCUGUGCGUGCUAUAAAUAGCACGAACAGGUCGGCAAUGCCUGGGGAAUUUCCCAUCUGAGCUAUUUUUAGCACGAACAGGUCUACUCACUGAUGGGUACUUGUGAGGGAAACAAAUGAAAAUUAAGGAACACUCCAGCCAUAUUACAAUAUAUAAGUGGUAUGAUAUAAUAUAAUGUUGUAUGAUAUAAUAUGAUGUAAGAUAUUAU